GAAAGCCAUUAUUUUUCUGAAAAUCAAUCGAUAGACAAACUUUCCUCUUCUCUCAUCAAUCUACUCUCUCGCCGCCAUUAGUAGACGGUCAGAGGUUUGGGAUUUAUCUAUCUCAGUAAUCUCCGUUACAUGUCUGCCGAGAACUCGGGCUCGGAGGCGUCCAGUCGGAAGGAGGCCCUGGAGCGGCUGAAAGCUACUCGGAAAGGAGGACUUCGGAAUAGUGGUGGGUUCAAGAUUAGGCUGCAAAAGCCUAUUUUCGAUACAGUUGGUGAUGAAGAGUAUGAAUCACUUGUUUCCCGACGGCGUGAGGAAGCUCGCGGGUUUGUGGUGGACGAUGGGAAUCUGGGAUAUGUGGACGAGGGUGAGGAGGAGGAUUGGUCGAAGCCCAGUGGUGGUGCAGAUUCGGACGAUGGUGGCGGGAGACUGCAGAGGAGGAAGACUGAGAAGAAGAAGAAGAAGAAGAAUAAGGCGAAUCUGUCGCUUAAGGCUACGGCUACUAUUACAGGUAAAGGGAGACUUUCUUCCAUGUUCACAUGUUCGAGUUUUAGCAAGACUGAUAAGGUAAAAUGUGAGAGUAUUCUUGAUGAGGUAUUAGCUGAGGUUACUCCUGAUGAUAUCGAUAGAGAAAGACAUCAUAAGCGAAGGAAACAACCAGCUGCACUGAACAAGAAAAAUCUGAGAAUGGAAAUGCAGGAUUCAGAACCAACACCCUCCAUUGUUUCCAUGGAGAAAGAGCAAGCUACCUCGACAAUGGAAAUGCAGGAUUCACCCGAAUUUGAAGUCAUCCCUCCUCAUGAUUCUAGACAAAGUGAUGCCAAUCAGGUGUUUAAAUUGAAUGCUUGCCAAAAGGAAUUUGAUUUGGGUGCUGAUGGAUCACUUCUUUUUUACAUUCUUGAUGCUUACGAGGAGCCUUUUGGCGCUAGUAAGGGUAUAAUAUAUCUGUUUGGGAAGGUUAAAACGGGAGAUACAUACAAGAGUUGUUGUGCGGUAGUUAAGUAUAUCCAGAGAUGUGUUUAUGCUAUCCCAAAUGAUACCAUCUUUCCUUCCCAUGAAAUAAUGACUCUCGAGCAAGAGGUGAAAGAGUCUCGACUUUCUCCUGAAUCCUUCCGAGGGAAGUUACAUGAAAUGGCAUCCAAACUGAAGAAGGAAAUUUCUCAGCAAUUGUUACAACUCAAUGUUUCAAAUUAUAGCAUGGCACUUGUCAAGAGAAACUAUGCAUUUGACAGGCCUGAUGUGCCUGCUCGCGAACAAUAUGUUUUGAAGAUAAAUUAUCCAUUUAAGGAUCCUCCACUUCCAGAAGACCUUAAAGGGGAGUCUUUUUGCGCUGUGCUCGGCUCUCAUACCAGUGCUCUGGAGCUUUUUAUCCUCAAAAGGAAGAUCAUGGGACCUUCAUGGCUCAAAAUUUCAAUCUUUUCUGCCACUUUAAAAUCUCAACGAGUGAGCUGGUGCAAGUCUGAGGUUACUGUUGAAUCUCCCAAGGUUAUCACUGUUUCAAUUCCGGAGGAAAAAACGGUUCAUCCUCCUGCUGUCAUUACAGCCAUUAACUUAAAGACCAUAGUCAAUGAAAAGCAGAACAUCAGCGAAAUUGUUUCUGCGUCUGUUCUCUGCUUUCACAACGCCAAGAUUGAUGUUCCAAUGCCAGGUCCAGAAAGAAAGCGAUCUGGUGUUCUGAGUCAUUUCACUGUUGUCAGGAAUCCUGAAGGAACCGGCUACCCAAUUGGUUGGAAAAAAGAAGUGGCUGACAGAAAUUCAAAGAACGGCUGCAGUGUUUUAAGUUUUGAAAACAGUGAAAGAGCAUUGCUGAACCGAUUGUUUCUGGAGUUGAACGAAUUAGACAGUGAUAUUCUUGUGGGACAUAAUAUAUCAGGUUUUGAUCUGGAUGUCCUUCUCCAAAGAGCCCAGGCUUGCAUAGUUAAGAGUAGCAUGUGGUCGAAAAUUGGCCGUCUCAAACGCUCUUUCAAGCCUAAGCUUAAAGGGAACACUAAUUUUGGGUCCGGAGCUACACCAGGGCUUAUGUUUUGCAUUGCUGGAAGACUCUUAUGUGAUAUAGAUCUAUGUUCUCGUGACUUGUUGAAGCAGGUCAGUUAUUCAUUAACAGACCUUUCAAAGACACAGCUGAACUAGGACAGGAAAGAGAUAUCGCCUAAUGAUAUUCCCAAAAUGUUUCAGUCAUCGAAAACACUUGUGGAACUUAUUGAACGUGGUGAGACAGAUGCAUGGUUAUCCAUGGAGCUCAUGUUUCAUUUAAGUGUUCUUCCUCUCACUCUCCAGCUUACCAACAUAAGUGGCAAUCUCUGGGGGAACACUCUUCAGGGAGCCAGGGCGCAAAGAAAUGAAUACUACUUACUACAUACAUUCCACUCGAGAAAGUACAUUCUCCCAGACAAAAUUUCGCAACAUAUGAAGGAAAGAAAGUCAUCAAAAAGAAGAAUCAAUCAUGGUCCAGAAGACCACAAUGUAGAUGAAUUGGAUGUUGACUUGGCUUUGGAAAACGAUCAGGGCAACAAAACAAAAAAGGGUCCAGCCUACGCUGGUGGAUUGGUCUUGGAGCCAAAGAAAGGCUUAUAUGACAAAUAUGUGUUGCUUCUCGAUUUCAGUAGUCUUUACCCGUCUAUUAUACAGGAAUAUAAUAUCUGUUUCACGACUAUAUCAUGAUCAGAAGACGGAGUUCCUCGUUUACCCUAUAGUCAGACACCUGGAAUUCUUCCCAAGGUAUAUGCGGAAAGUCAUCAGAAUAAUGCGACCCAACAGUUCAUUGUAUUGGUGAUUGCUGUGUGCUGUAGUUCGAUUAAACUAAUCUUGACUUCAUGUUCUAAACUAUAGCUCUAUGCAUUUAUUGGUGCCACGACUUUGAGUUUCUCUCCUUGUUCUGUUAUGCCAAGUCUAAUAAAGAUUAGAUCAUAAAUUUCA